GUGUUUUCAUUUUUAUACUGUGAAUUUGAGGUGUAUUUCUGGCCCGGCCAUGGCGUUUUCAGUCGUGUAAUCGUCACAAACCCUCGGCUACUUUGUUAUCCGUGGAGUGUCGAAGAAUUCAUUGAAGCAAGAACAAGAUUAUGGAUCAGAUGGAUAUUGAUCAUGUUUAUGACGUUCCCGACACACCACCGAAUAGAAUCUCUUCACCAAGGAUUAGUGGGAGGAGGAUUGUUCCGGGGGAAAGUAAUCGGUUAUCAUCGAUGCCGCGACCAUCAGGACAACAAACCUGUCUUGUGGGUUCUGAAGAAGAGCCAAUGGUCAUUGACAGUGGAAGCAGAAGGCACCUGCGCCCUCAGAGAAGCUCGUCUUCGGUAAAUGGUGGCCUAUUCCGAAGAGGGAUGUCAGAUAAACCUAAUCACAUAAACCAAAAUUCUAUUCAUGCUCGACAACGAAGAUCUGUUAGGCUUCCACCGCAAAGUUUUGGUUCUACUUCUCAAGAUGAUAGUUUUGUAGAUCUGACAGAAAGUCCACAUAAGACUUCCUUUAACGGACUACCCAACGACAAUCCAGCAAUUGAUGGUGCUUCUUUGCAUGGCGUUGCAACAUUUUUGAUUGAAGAAACUGGUAGUGUGAAUGGAGUUGGUUCCGGUAUCCAUUAUACAGAAGGGAUUGAUGGAAGUGCCCAAAAUGAACCUGGUAAUGGUAAUUUUCUGUCUCGUGGUCACAUUGCCCCACCUAAAGUAAAUCGACAAAAGAGAUUGGUCCGAAAUGGAUGUAUAUCUCCCAAUAACAUAGCCAAAGGCAAGCAGUUAGCUGGGAUGAAUGCUGAUGGUUCUGAGGAUUUAGCGCAUAACAAUUGUGAAGACAAUGCUGUCAGGGAAAUGGUUGCUGAAGACAAUGAUUCUUUUUCACGGAAGGGUAAAGGAAUUAUGACUAAUCCCUCUGCAUCCAUGGCACGUCAUUUGAGGCACAACAAUUUGCAUGACAGGAGCUAUUUGAGUUCUAAUGUGAUGCCUAUGGGACCCAACGAUUCUAUUACACAUACAGGUAAUGAUAUUAUAGAAUCACAUGGUUGGAGAAGCACUCGUAAUCAGAGAAAAGGAAUUUAUAUAUCAUCGUCAGCUGAUAGAGAACAAAUUUCAGUUGGGGAGGCAGAUGGCCCUAGGUAUUCUAGUCAACACCAAGAAAGUAGGUUGGGGAGAAAGGAUAAAGGACCGAAUUCUCUAGAUGCUAAUGAUUAUCCAGAUGUUCAAAAUUUGGUAUCUCCUGAGCAUGUUCAUCCUCAACACUUUACAGAAUCACUGCUCCAUCGAAGAGUUAUGGUGGAGCAAUUAAACGAGUCACAUUCUGCAUCAGACUCAGUUGUUAGGAGGCAGAGGCAGAAGCCGCGGCAGAGGCAAAGGCAGAGGCAGGGAGCUGCCUCUAGUAACUGUGCUGAAUCUUCUACACCAGUAUCGAAUGAUCCAGAGAUUGUGUGCCUUAAUUCAUCUGCAGAAGCUUCCGGACCAACAUAUACUUCUAGUUGGGACAAUUUACAUGGCAUUGUCGAAGUUGAAGAAUCAACUCCUAGUGCCGAGGAUGAAGAUGCUAGAGCAAGGCAGGUUGAAGCAGAUGAGCAAUUGGCUCGUGAGCUUCAAGAGCAACUCUACAAUGAAUUUCCUGUUUUUGGAGUUGGGGAGCAGGUAGAUGCGCAUGCGGCACCAGCAUUUCAGCUCCAAGAUGAUUCAAUCCAUGGUGUUUUUGAGAGAGGGUUGUCAAGAGCCAGGAUGCCUACACUACCCCCAUCUCGCUCUACUUCCAAUGCUCCUCGUAGAGGAGCUCCAUCUCGUGGCUCUACAUCAGGAAGAAUGACAAGGUUGAGGAGUCGUUUUGCUGGACAACCACGUGGCAUAUUACCAACUAGAGCUAGAAGAGCCCCCUCCUUCCCUGCAGAAAUGGAUUUAGAUACGAGAAUACAUAUACUGGGAGCACUGGAAGACUUCAGUAACAUGGAAACAAGUGGCUUCCUUCCAUUCGAGCAAGCUUUCAAUGGGAAUGACUAUGAAUCGUUACUGGCACUUGACGAGAACAACGACCAGCACCGUGGCUCAUCUACCCAUCACAUUAAUAGCCUUCCGCAAUCAACUGUUAUGACUGAUAAUUUUGGUGAAGCCUGCGCCAUUUGCCUCGAGACUCCUUCUAUUGGAGAUACUAUCCGUCACCUCCCGUGCUUGCACAAAUUUCACAAAGAUUGCAUCGAUGAAUGGUUGAGGAGGAGAACAUCUUGCCCUAUUUGCAAGUCGUCCAUAAAUUGACAUGGCCCUGGUGCCAAUUGUCAAACCAUAGUUGUUGUAGGAUCACAGACAGGUAUAUCGAAAACCUUAAUAUGCGCUCAUGGCUGAGCUUUGAAACUCAUGAAGAGAAUUUUCCUUUGUUGAAAUCUGGUUGAGUACACUGAGAUACAUAUAUCGAUACAUGUAUAGACAAUGGUGAAUAUUUUUCACAUAAUCUUGUGGGAUGAAUUUGCAUGGUUUACAUAUGCUUUUGUUUUUGUUCUAUGGAUGUCUUUUCAAAAUUUA